AGUAAUCAAAAUCUACAACGUUUUCUGUCAGUGAUCACUAAUUUCUCUCGCAGAUUCUGCCUUCUCCCAACCUUCCACCAAUCCUCCAUCAACCGAAAUGGCUAAGGACCACAACAAUGUCGUGGAGAUGGUUAGACAAUCUCCUCCAGUUGACACCACCGAGCCGUACGAUCCGGCAUGGGUUGCAGGAAAGACAAUCAUAAUUACAGGAGGAGCCUCGGGCUUUGGAGCUGGAUUCGCCAAGAAAUGGGCACUCAAUGGAGCAAAUGUGUUUGUUGCUGAUGUGAACAGAGAAAAGGGGAAGGAAUUGGUGGAGGAGAUGCGAAAGGAGUCCGGCAGCGAACACCAUCACUUCGUCUACUGUGAUGUGACGAAUUGGCAAUCGCAGGUGGAUCUCUUCCGUACUGCCAUCAAGCUCAGUCCUCAUGGUGGGAUUGAUGCUGUGGUGGCCAAUGCCGGCAUAACAGAUGUUGGAUCAACUGUCGAUGAUCCGAAAGGGCUGGAUGUAAAGGAACCACCGGAGCCAGUCUUCAAAACGAUUGAUGUGAAUAUCAUUGGCGUCCUAUACACUACCCAUCUGGCUAUGUUCUGGCUUCCUCGAAACGAUAAAUCGACAAAGCCAAGCCCUUCCAAGCUCCCACCUGGGCCAUAUACUCGGGACAGACAUAUUCUGUUGAUUGGAUCGAUUGCAUCUCUUUGUCCUAUUCCUCACCAAAUACAGUAUGGGACGAGCAAACAUGCUGUGCUUGGAUUGUUUAGAUCACUUCGAAGUUCCUCUUUCAUUCAUGGUGUUCGAGUCAACUUGUUGUGCCCAUAUUUCAUCGAUACUCCAAUUAUCCCAGCUGCUGGACGACUAUUGUUGGCAGGUGGGGCAAUGGGCAAGCCUGAAGAUGUUGUUGAUGCAGGGACUCGAUUGAUGGCUGAUUCUCGAAUUGCUGGCCGUGCAUUGGCCAUUGGACCAAAAGUCAUGAUUGAUGAUGAAUGGCAGCUGGUCCCACAGAACACGAAGGGCGGAAAGGAGGUUGCGGUGUGGGAAGCGUAUGCUGAUGACUUUGUCGAAGUUGAUGCAUUCACCCGGCGAUUUGUGGGUAUGCUGAAUUCUGUUGAGCGAACCAGGGGCUGGAUUGGAUGGGCGAUCGAUGUUGCGAAGGCGGCUUUAUAUCCACUGGGCCUGCUGAAGUGAAUUGGUCUAUCGCGUAUCAUGGAGUUUGGUGAAAUCGUAUUCUUGUUGAAGACACGCUGUCGGUCGCUCCUUCUCGUUUGAGACCACUUCCCGUUUCUGGUCUUUGCAUCGUCACCAAAUCUUCAAC